AUGGCCAAGGAACAGAAAGAAGAGGAGAACGGGCGCUUCCUGGAGAGCGAGCCUUACAAGUGGCCGUUCGACGGCAGCUUCAGCACGGACAACACCGCGGUCCUCGUCAUCGACAUGCAAGUCGACUUCUGCGCUCCCGGCGGAUACGUCGACAAGAUGGGGUACGACAUCUCGCUGACUCGGGGCCCGAUAGAGCCCCUCCAGCGGGUGUUCGAGGCUGCCCGGAAGGAGGGUUUUCCCCUGAUACACACGAGGGAGGGGCACCGGCCCGAUCUCGCCGACUGCCCGGCCAACAAGAGGUGGAGAAGCCGGCAGAUCGGGGCCGGUAUCGGGGACAGCGGCCCGUGCGGCAGGAUCUUGGUGAGGGGCGAGCCUGGGUGGGAAAUCAUUCCGGAGCUAGCUCCAGCGGCGGGGGAACUAGUGAUCGACAAGCCCGGAAAGGGUGCUUUCGUUGCCACAGACCUUGACAUGGUUCUUCGGACGAGAGGGGUGCGGAACCUCGUCCUGACCGGAGUUACCACCGACGUUUGUGUGCACACCACGAUGCGGAACGCCAAUGACAUGGGCUACGAGUGCGUUCUCCUUGAGGAUUGCUGCGCUGCAACCGAUCCCCUCAACCACGCUGCAGCGAUUUCGAUGAUAAAAAAACAGGGCGGCGUGUUCGGCGUGUCGACUUCGGCGGCCCUGGUCGCAGCCAUGGUUGCCAGCAGCACAGCGACGGAAAGCGUGCAAUAG